UGUUUAUCUAGGAACUUCUACAGCUGCUGGCACUCAGCGCUGCCGCUCACCCCAUCUUCGACAUGUCUUCCUACAAGAAAUUCGAGAUCCGGAAGAGGGACCCUGACCCUAAAUCCGCCGCCUUGUUGGUGAUUGACAUCCAGAAUUACUUCCACUCCAUGGCCCGCCCCAUUUUGCCAUCCCUCAACGCCACCAUCGACCUCUGCCGUCGCUCCUCCAUGCCGGUCUUCUUCACGCGCCACUGCCACAAGUCCCCCGCCGACUAUUCAAUGCUCUCCGAGUGGUGGAACGGCGACCUCAUCCACGACGGCACCCCUGAAUCGCAACUCAUCUCCGAUUUGCACCGGACAGAGGCUGACUUGGUCGUCGAAAAGAACACUUACAGUGCCUUCAGAGGUACAGGCUUAGAGGAGAGGUUGAAGGAGAUGGGAGUGAAGGAGGUUAUAGUGACUGGGGUGAUGACCAACCUCUGCUGCGAGACCAGUGCUAGAGAGGCAUUUGUUAGAGGGUUUAGGGUUUUCUUCUCUACGGAUGCGACUGCAACCUCGUCGUUGGAGUUGCACGAAGCCACUUUGAAGAACAUGGCUUACGGUUUUGCCUAUUUGGUUGACUGCGGACGGCUGCAAGAGGCGUUUUCGAAAUCUUAGAUCAUGUUUUCCUACCGAUUGGUCAAAAUCAUGUAUAGAGAAUAAUUCUUGGCCAAGCUAUGAGUCAUGGAAACGUCGUAUGUUUGUUUGCCGGAGUAAUAUAGCAUGUAUGUAUAUCUGAUGGAUGGUAAAUAUUGAAUUGGUUUGAGGAGGAAACAAUUCCGGGAUGGGCUAAUUCUUCUUUGCAAGUGAUGUUUAAUUUUGCAAUUGUCAGCUAUAGUUUUUGCUUUCUCGGAGCCGUAUCUGUGUGGCGUGACAUUCCAGAAGUCUUUCGUUUCUGAAAUAUGCUCUGGAUGUGAAGCUGACAUAGAGUUAACAUUUAGAAUAGAUGAUAAAAAAGUCAAUUAUAUUA